UACAGACCCGUAGCUCCGUCGGCAACAUCAUCAAGAUCUGAGAUGUGAGAUGGGAUCUACGGUGGUGUGGAGACUGCGGUGGUGUGGAGGAGAUGGGAUCUACGUAGAUCUGUCCAGAUCUGUCGUGGUGGAAACCGAAGCCGUCACCACUUUGAAGGUUGGUUCCCCACCAUGUUAUCAAGGAGAGGCUGAAUCGGUUGCCUUCGGCCUGCGUUGGAGACAGGGUGAUGGCCACCGUGAAGAAAGGGAAGCCAGAUCGCAGGCUGAAUCGGGGUGCUGUUACUAUUUCUUGGCUGAUGAAGUCGAGACCAACAAUGAAGAAGUCAUUAAUGCCAUCAUGCAGGAUGUGGACACCGACAAGGAUGGACGUAGAAGUCAUGAAGAGUUUGCAUCAAUGAUGAAGGCCGGGACGGAUUGGAGAAAAGCAUCAAGGCAGUAUUCAAGAGAGACGGUUAGUGUGUAGAGGUCCGGCGGGCGGCCAAGGCGAGGCUGCCGCCCGCCGGGGAAGCAGAAUUACUAGCUUCUUUAACCUUGCUCUGAUACCAUGU